GGCCUGUCUUUUCUCCAUUCACUCAACAACUCGACGUAGUUCGCUGAAGAGAAGCUCACUGCUCAACGAGACAACUCAUUGACUAUUAUACAUUCUCUACUAAACGAUUCUAUCAACUCAAUUGUUCACCAUGCUCUCUCGAUCAACUCGAGCUUCCCUUCUCCACCUGCACCACAGCGCAGCUCCAAUCAAUUCCUCAACAUCACGCAUUGCUGCACUUCGACACCCAAUUCAGAUUCAACAAAAGAAACAGGCAACGCCAUUUCAACGGCGCAACUUCCUCUCAACCCCGGCUAUUCGCAAGGGUAUCACACCGGAUUCUUCAGACCCGAUAGCUCCAAACCCACAGUCCAACAACGCAGCAACUGCAGCUGGUUCUGACCAUGUAGUUGAGGCUACUCCGUUAUCAGACAGGGAUUACCAUGAGGUAUCAGAACAUUAUUUGAAUGUGCUAUUGGGGGAGCUGGAACGAGUUCAAGAGGAAGGUUCAGAGAUUGAAGCUGAGUACAGCGCCGGCGUCCUCAACAUCGUAGUCCCCGGAAUCGGUACAUACGUCCUCAACAAACAACCACCAAACCAUCAAAUCUGGCUCAGUUCGCCCAUCUCAGGCCCCAAACGGUAUGAUUGGGUUAUUCAGGGAGACCAAAUGCAUGAGAAACAGGAUACGCGAGGCUUUAUCAAUGGGCAAUGGAUUUAUUUGCGCGAUGGGUCGAAUUUGACGGAUUUGUUGAAUGAUGAGUUGACGUUGGAGUUACCUGAGGAUAUUUAUACGCCACUUGAGUGAUUGUAUUCAUACAGGGACCACAAUAUUAUUGAGAUAAUAAUUGUAUGAUAUUUGGUUACUAGUGUCUCACGCUAGUAUUAGUUGUUGAAAUAAUCUCGACACCGGUUGG